AAUCUCCACUUUCCCUCUGAAAGAUUCACUUCAUUAUCACCCAGCCUCGCUCAGUCUCACAGGGUUUUGCUGAGCGACGGAACGAAAUCAUUGACAGCAAAACAAGUACACCACCCCGUCAAGAUGACGGACGCUGCACGCUGGAAAUCGACGGUCUUCGUGGGUGGCCUGGCCUCCAUAGUGACAGCUGCAAAUGUCCACGAUGCAUUCAUCCCAUUUGGAGAAAUCGCCGAUGUGUCGCUACCAAAGAACGACAAACCAAACUCAACAGACCCUCACCGUGGUUUCGCCUACGUUGAAUAUGAAGACACGGAGGAUGCGAAAGAAGCCAUCGACAAUAUGGAUCAGUCAGAAUUCUUCGGACGAGUCAUCAAAGUGUCAGCCGCCAAAGUACCCAAGAGCGCAGAUGAAGGUCUAGGCAGCAAGAAGGCUGUCUGGGAACAAGAGGGAUGGCUGGCAGAGCAUGCUGUUGGUGAGGAGGACGGAUUGGCAACGGAUCAGGGGGCGGCACAGGUUGAGAUGCGCGGGGAUGACCCCAUGCAAGGGCUAGAGGGGCUUGACGUUGCGGGACCAAGGCCGGAGUGA